AUGGCCAACCAAAACCAAAAUCAAAAUAACAAUCAAAAGAAGCAAAGAGAAGAUUUUUCUCUAAAGGAGACAACACCAAACAUCAAUGCUGGAAGAGUGAUAAGUGGUGAUAGGCUUCCAACAUCAUUUGAUCUUGUUGAACAAAUGCAGUUUCUUUUUGCAAGGGUAGUGAGGGCCAAAGACUUACCGGGAACCGGUAAUUCCAAUACUUGCAACCCUUUCGUGGAAGUGAAGCUUGGAAGUUUUAUUGGUACAACAAAGGUCUUUGAGAAAACUUCAAAUCCUGAAUGGAACCAAGUUUUUGCUUUUUCUAAAGAGAGGAUUCAUGAACAAGUUUUGCAGAUUAUUGUGAAGGAAAAAGAUGCUGGUGCGUUCAUCGGUCAUGUGACAUUCACAAUUUCUGAUAUUCCUAUGAGGGUUCCUCCUGAUAGUCCUUUAGCACCACAAUGGUAUAAGCUUGAGGGUCAAAAUGGUGCAAAGCUUGAUCAAGGAGAGCUAAUGGUGUCUGUUUGGAUGGGAACUCAAGCCGAUGAAGGUUUUCCUGAUGCUUGGCAUACAGAUGCAACAUCUACUAGUGUUGAAAACAUCGCGUACACUAGUUCAAAAGUGUAUAUUUCUCCCCGACUUUGGUAUCUUAGAGUUAAUGUGAUUCAAGCACAAGAUUUGUUGCUCAAAAACAAAACUGGCAACAAUGAAAUCUUUAUCCAAGGUGUUAUAGGGAACUUGGCUUUGAGAAGCCGUCCGAUGAAGAUUAAUCCAAACCCUAUAUGGAAUGAGGAUUUGAUGUUUGUUGUAGCAGAACCUUUUGAUGACUCCUUGCUUUUGAGCAUUGAGCAAGGUCAAGGAAACUCCAACAAGCAUGAAAGUUUGGGAAGUUGUGUGAUUCAUCUUAAAGACGUGGAGAGAAGAAUAGGUGCAACUCCAACAGCUAGUGUUUGGUACAAUCUUGAAAAGCCUAAAGAACUUGAAGGCGGAGAGGAGGUUAAAUUUAGUACUCGAUUGAAUUUCCGAAUCUCUUUAGAUGGAGGGUAUCAUGUUCUUGAUGAGGCAACUCACUAUAGUAGUGAUCUAAGGCCGUCGUCAAAGUAUCUGAACAAACCAAGUAUCGGUGUUUUGGAAUUGGGAAUCUUGAACGCUGUGGGACUAUCUCCGAUGAAGAAGGAUCGAACUGACGCGUAUUGUGUUGCUAAGUAUGGUCCUAAAUGGGUGAGAACAAGGACUAUUGCUGAUAGUUUUUCACCGAGGUGGAAUGAGCAAUAUACUUGGGAAGUUUAUGAUCCUUGCACAGUUAUCACAAUUGUGGUGUUUGAUAACGGACACUUACAUGGAGGAGCUAAUGCUGGAGGAGGGAAAAAUGCUGAUGUAGGUGUUGAUAAGAGAAUCGGUAAGGUAAGGAUUCGGCUUUCAACACUUGAAAGUGAUAGAAUCUAUACUCAUUUUUAUCCACUUAUAAAUUUGCAUACUCAAGGAGCAAGGAAAAUGGGAGAAAUUCAAUUGGCAGUGAGAUUUUCUUGUCCUUCUUUGUUGAAUGUUUUGCAAACCUAUGCUCAACCUUUGCUCCCAAAAAUGCACUAUGUGUGUCCGUUGUCGAUGUUUCAGCUCGAUAGUUUGCGAAACCAAGCUGCUGUGAUCACUAUAAUGAGAUUCAAAAGAGCCGAACCGCCUCUGAGUAAAGAGGUUGUUGAGUUCAUGCUAGAUAUAGGGGCAAAUGUGUGGAGCAUGAGGAGAGGAAGAGCUCAGUUUUACAGAAUCGCUAGUCUUCUCAGCGGUUUAGUUUCGCUUGUUAAACGAUUCGAGGAGAUUCGCAGUUGGAAGAAUACAGCUAUAACCAUAGGUGUUUAUAUCAUCUUUCUCUUUAUCCUUUUCAAGCCAGGAGUUAUUUUGCUGGCAACGUUUUCCUUCUUACUGUUGAAGGGGAUGUGGCAGUACCGAAUAAGUGGCGCUAAUCUUCAGAAAAGGUAUGAUAGAUUGAGAGGAAUUUCAGGGAGAUUGCUUGCUGUGAUGGGGGAUUUGGCAACUCAAGGAGAGAGGGUGGAGUCUCUUAUCAGCUGGAGGGAUCCAAGAGCAACAGUUUUGUUCCUGAUUUUCUGUUUCAUUGCUGUCAUUGUGACUUAUUUCGUUUCUGUUCGCUUUUUAAUCUUCAUUUCGGUAACUUAUGUGUUAAGACCUCCAAGGUGUCGCUUCGAUUUGCCUGCAUUUCCACAAAACUUCCUCAGAAGGAUGCCUGCAAAAUCAGAUAGCAUGUUAUGA